AUGGAUUCCUAUGGCGGUGGACAGCCCCGUGGCUGCUACAACUAUCGCGCUGCCAGGUCAUUGAGAUUCGUCCAAGUCACUCUACUUGCUACAAUUCAAUCCGGCCAAUUGACGGGCGUGGUCCAUCAGCGCGGCCAUCAGCACUGCCUGGGUCUGCCCGAAUGGGCGCAGAUCGAUCGCCAAGACCGUAUAUGCGACACCACUGCAGCACACUUGCGGCGAUGCUUCUCACCAGCUACAACUGUGGUGGCCGUGAAUGCCCCGAGGGACCAAAGGACAAGACCUGCUACAAAUGCCUUCAGCCAGGACAUAUCGCAAGAGACUGCACCAACGCCCCAGUUGAGGGUGCUGGUCGAGGUGGAUUCUCAUCCGGUGCUGGAUCCCAGGAGUGCUACAAGUGCUCAAAGAUUGGCCACAUUGCGCGCAACUGCCCAGAGGCUGGAGGAUACAAUGGAGGCUUCGGCGGUAACCAGGGUGGCUACGGCGGUGGAUUCGGUGGACGCCAAGGACAGACCUGCUACUCCUGUGGUGGCUACGGUCACCGCGCAGUUGACUGCACCCAAGGCCAGAAGUGCUACUCAUGCGGAGAGAUCGGUCACCGUGCGGCUGAUUGCACCCAAGGCCAGAAAUGUUACUCAUGCGGUAACAGCGGACACGUCUCGAAGAACUGCCCCGAAAAGGCGAACUGAGUAUGAAUUCAAAACGCAGCGGCUAGUAUUUGCAGGUUGA